GUCAGUAUCGCUGCGGUUUGCUAUCGUGACGGACGGAGCAGUAAAUUUCGCGUAACGGAUUUGGCCAAAUCACAUCGAAACCAGUUUCAUAAGAAAAGAUAAUUCUUUGCAGAAUUAUGCUACACAGUUACCAGUGACGGUGGUUGGUACCAAGUGUAAUAAUAAAUGGGAGUGUUCAGUUCGGUUCGCCUCGGAAAGAAUAACUCAUAAUCUAGAGUGAGCUGAGAUUGAAAGCCUAAUAAAGACAUUAUUGUUUAAUGAUCGUGUCUAGAUAGAUAGAUAGAUUAAUUGAAAUCGGAAUCUCGAUAGAAAAAAAAAUCUAGCCCCCAGUCGUGAGUGACGGUCUCGGAAUCUCACGUGAAUUAUCAUGAAGGGCCGUGGCUGAGACUAAGGAAUGUGCCGCGCUCGAGAGAUUGAGAUCGAUUCGAUAAGAUAAAUCGGGGAGCAAUGAGUUGUUUGUUUUGAAUAAGUGAAAUAUUUGUAUUGACCCCUUCGUCGCGAUUUAGAUUGAUGAGUGUACGAGUGUUUAGUACGAUCGCAGAUAUGUUAAUCAAAUGAUUUAGGUUUGUUUGCGAUCUCAGAAUAGUGGUGCCAGAUCGUAUCAUCAUCUGUUGGACCGUUUUUAUUAUCGAACGGUUUUCUAUACCUGAACAAUAGAUUAUACUGUACAAUUAUCAACAAAUAAAGUUACAGGUAAAUUGGCACCGGAACGAGCCGUAGAAGAAGACAGAGAAGGACAGCGAACGAGGAAUGCGUAAACUACGUAAAGCUCGGUACGAAUCAACAUCCCAAUAACGUUCCGCCUAUACCUGCUUGAUCAAUAGUUUAACCAACAAGAGCAAAAGCCGUUUGCAAACCAGCCGGUCCCAGCUCAUUGCAGGUUAUUUUUGCAUACAAUUAGAACUGCAAUUAACUCUAAUUAACCGCGUGUGACGGUUGUACAUCGACAGACUGUGACUGUGGCGCGUCGCGCCAGUUUGAAAAUUUAUGCACCCAGGCCCGUGGAUAGGCAUAUCGAAGAAAUCAAAGUGGUAAUUUUCAUCACUGUAUUAUCAGCCAAUUGCCUCUCUCGUGUGUUCAGUGAGCUGUGCACUGCCAGCUAGUGAAAAACCCCUCCGGAUUUAUUUCGGUUCAGUGUUUUGUUUGGAUUACGUCGUGUGCAAAGUUGAUACCAGCAAUUGGGAGUGCUCAAUCAUAAAUAGAAUACUACCGGCCGCCAGUAGAGAGGGUGAAAGUUUUGUGCCGUUUUUUUUGUCAUUGUGAUGUAAAUCAGCACCGUGUGGAUAUUGCAGAUCUCACUAACCAAUCAAGCUGUAAUCGAUCUGUGGGCGAUUUGUAACAAGUCAAAGUUUUUCAGUACGAUGGCCAACAGGUGGUCACUAACUAGUGGUGGCGGUGGUGUUGGUGGUGGUAGUGGUCCCGCCAGUAAGGAGUGUGGUGAUGAAUUUGAAAUCACAGUUCUGCUGGACAAAUCAGCUUCCAUAUCGUCCUCGUCGCCGGUUCGAGUUGUCAUCGUCAACGAUGGCAGUGUUGGUGAUGGCAACGGAAAAAUUGGUUUUGUUGACGAUGAAAGUGACGGCGGUGACGGAAAUGAUGACGAUGAUGACAAUAAUGAUGGCGAUGGUGGUCUCCGGCUGCGCCGACAAAACGAUGAUCACACUUCCGGUGUCGCUGACGACCGUGACAGCGAUGAUGAGGAACGGAUUAUGAUUCUCGACGAGCGGCCUCAACGGUGCAAGCGAAAUGGAAAGGCGAAAGUGAAGAUGUCCAAAUCGAAAAGCUCCUCAGCAAAUCCUUCGCCCACGCCUGUGCCACAGGAUGAGCACACAGCAUCCUUGAAUCUCGACACAGCCCCCGCAUCCCGCCUGUCAGGCACCGGUAGCAGUAACAACAACAAAAUCAGUCCAUCGACUCCGACCUCGAUCAGCAACAACAGCAAACGGGUGGCGAUGGCGGCCAACAGCAGUAGCAACAAUAAUAACCAAAGCAGCAAAUCCACUCCCUCCGGGAAGCACAAAAACCCCGACGAGGAAUGUGAUGUGAUCGGUGACCUGAUAGGGGACUACGGCAAGUGGCAGUUCGUGAUGACAUUUCUCCUGUCACUAUUUCAGGUCCCGAACACGUUCCACAUCUAUUCGCCCACGUUUCAGGCAGCAGAAAAAAGCCACUGGUGCCGUCGGCCGCCGCAUUUAAAUACUACAUCCGUGGAUCUCUGGCGGAAUGUGACCAAGGCGCAGGAGAACUGCCGGAUACUGAAUUACGACUGGAGUACGGUGGGAUCCGAACAGUCUUUGAGCAACUUGAACUUACCCGGAAAUCUGUCUCACGUGGCCUGCAGUGCAUGGGAGUUCAACACUAACGAUAACCUCGGAAGUACGUGGGUAUCAGAUUGGAGUCUGGUAUGCGAUAAGGAGUACCUCAAGGAUGUGGCGGAAAUGUUCUUUCUAGUCGGUGUGGCCACCGGUGGUAUCACCAGUGGGGUUCUAUCGGAUAAGUUUGGACGUAAAAAAAUGCUUUUCAUAUCGGCUGUUCUCCAGUCAAUUUUCGGCCUAGCAUUGUACUUCGUCGACUCGUUGGAGUUUCUUUUUGCUCUCCGGGCGUUGCUCGGGCUUGUGUCCGUAUCGGUGACUUACGCUGGACUAAUCCUCGCUAUUGAGUAUGUAGACGGAAAAUGGAGAACUAUCGCUGGCAUGUACAAUUUGUUUCCCCUGCCGGUAUCAUACAUUAUCAUCUCUGGUAUUGCCUAUCUGACACAGGAUCACCGAAAGCUGCAACUUUGCAUCGGCCUGCCCGGAGUGUUCCUGUGCUUUCUAUGGUUCGUACUUCCGGAAUCUCCCCGGUGGCUACUGUGCAAAGGGCGAGUGGCUGAGGUCAAGGAAAUUGUUAAAAAAGCAGCUGCCUACAACAAUCGACCGUUGCCGGACAAUUUGGAUAAACUGUUGAAACCACCGGCCAACGUGGACGAUGAUAUGGCUGGUGCCUGUGACUUGUUUCGCACUCGGUACCUCAGACGGGUAACGUUUUGCUUUCUCUGCAUCUGGUUCACCAUGAAUCUCGUCUAUUACGGAUUGGUGCUCAACAUGAACAGCUUCGGUGGCAAUAUUUAUCUCAAUUCGGCACUGGCAGGACUUGUGGAAAUACCCGCCAUAGCACUAGCUAUGUACAUCAUCAAUAAAACUGGAAAGAAAUGGCUCUUCUGUGCUACGUUUUUCGCUUGUUCAGUUGCUUGUCUAUGCGCUGCAGUAGUGGAAGGAAAUAUGCAAUAUCUGUCGCUCAAAAUUACAUUCGUAAUGAUAGGAAAGUUCACCAUCAGUGCUGGGAACACAAUCAUGCCGGUUUACACGGCGGAACUCUACCCAACUGCCAUUCGCAACGUUGGGGUUGGUGCUUGUAACGUUGCCGCCGGAUUCGCUCUCGUAUUGACGCCCUACCUUUCCAUGUUGCCAAAAAUUGAAGACCAUCUCCUCAUGACUUUGUUAACAGCUUGGUGCAUUUUCGGUGCUAUUGUCGUCGUAUUUCUACCGGAAACUAUGCAACAUCACGACCACGAGGAACUAAAUGAUGAUAAGGAAGUAGAUACUCAAAUGAUGACCUAAAUUUAACCAUUGUACUCAGUACUGAGCUAACGUGAUGCCGCUUACUUUGAGAAACGAGCUGAACUACUACUACUGCCAUAUCUACAAGCUGUUUGAUGUUUUCUUGGGUAGACAUCAGCAAUUUUAUUAGUGAGAUAAACAAAAAAGAAAGUGAAUGCAUGUUUUUGGGAAGAUAAAAUUAGGAUUGAUAGGAUCGUUGACCAGAGAACCCAUUGAAAAAACUGUCAAUUUUUGUACAAGUAUUUAAAGUUUACAUCGUGGAUGUCGAACCACUGUUCCCUAUUUGUAUCGAAUAUGACGUGAGAAAAUCAUUGUUUUGUGAGACCUAUAUCUAUGAACGCAUUUACUGCAUACCGAGGAUAUCGCAGAACAUAGCCUGGGGAGCAAAAUCGCUUUUUUCAAUGCCAUAAUGAAAUCAAACAAUAGUCAUUAACAGUUUUUCACAAAUCAUAAUGCAAUUCAACCACAGAAUGUCAAAUUAAGAUUGAAGUAGCUGACGAAUUUUUAGGCUGCUCUACUGGCUGGACCAGGGAGCUGUUUUUAUAUUAACUAUUUGACAAAUGUACACAAGACGAUUAUUUACAUACUCACAUUAAAGUAAAAACUGUAUACGUUGAUCGACAUACAACCUCACUGCAAUAACUAUCUUACACUUAACCUAUUUAUAAAUGGAUUCUGGCAUAAUUUAGAGUCUUUUCUAGUAAUACAGUUGCAUGAUGAUUCUGAAGCUUGUCACGUAACCUUGUUCCACAUAUCCUCUGUUUAACCAUAAUGAAAAAACAGCAUUCGUUUUUAUUUUCAUUAUACUAAAACUGCUCAUUAUAUAACUCUUCUUAAUUUGUAAAGUUCAUAACAAGAGUUUCAGUACUUGGUUCACAAUCUCUAUGAAGAAUUAAUCGAAAUUUAAGAAAAACCUUAUUGUGUUAUUUUGAGUGUAUUCUGAUGUAGAAAUAGAAUGGUGAAUACGUCCCACGUGACAAGCACGUAUCUACAACAUCAGCUAGGUUUGUUAUAUCACCUCCGCUACAUACAUAUGUUGCAUUUUAAAUCACUGUGUUGCUCCUGUCCAUGGGGACAGAAGACGGCAAUGUGGAAACCGUUAACCUAAAAGUUUAGCUCCAGAGGUGCUGCUACUGCAAAUGGGAUAUUACCAGGCAAAAUUUAUCUACUUUGUGUCGCGUUGUGAUAAGUAAAUACAGUUUAGUAACUCAAUAUCCCGUAGAAACGCUUUCGAUGUUUUAUAGGAGUAACAAAACAAAAAAAAACAAAUAUGGAACGAAUGUCAUGUCAGCAAAUCAAUUUGAAUGUACUUAAUACUGCUAGGAGUAUAAAAGUUAUCCAACAAUAAAACACAAUUAUUAAAAUAGUGGCGGAGCCCGCUUGAUUUAGGAACACGAUCACAUCAAAUAAUAUUUUUCUAUCAACGAACUACAAGAAAAUGGAUGUUGUAAUUUUAGAUGUGCGUAAGAAAUUAUAACUAUCAUUGCAUGUUUGAGCUGGAUUCGAAUUACAGUAUAGCUAGGUUAAGGUUCAGGGAACUUAAGUGUAUGCCUAUUGUAAAAGAGUUAUCAUUGUUAGGUUUGUUCGAGAGCAUUUAUUGGGCCGAAGAAUGCGGCUGGCUUGUUUGAGAGGGCACUAGGCUAUGUUAUUUUUUUGUAUAUGUGAAUGAUUAUGUACUUAACAUCAGAGCCAUUAAACUAGGAAGCAAGAUGUGUAUAUGUUAGAAUGUUUGAACGAUAACUGUAAUAUCUAAAAUGUUAAAAAUGAUUCAUCGCGUCAAACGAGUUCGCUGCAGAUGUGUACAUAACCUUAUAUCAAUAAUUGUAAUAUCAGAGGAUCAACAAAUUAGUAAGCGCCAUAGUAAUAACUUGAAUAAAUGUGCUAUAAUAGAUCGGUA